UCCUUGGCUUUCCAUCGAUACCAACCUGCCACCUAGUUAUCUCAGGUUUCGUCGAAUCUCAAAACAUGGCAACAUUUUUGGUGCUUACAACUGUAGCCAUAUUGGCUGGCGUUAACGCCUAUGGGAUGAAAAAGAUGCCACCGCCAAUGGAAAUGAUGCCAAUGAAGCCUAUGAUGCCGAUGGAAAUGAUGGGCGGAAUGGGCGGCAAAGAUGGCAUGAUGGAAAUGAUGGGUGGAAUGGGCGAUAAAGGUGGCAUGAUGGACAUGAUGCCAAUGAAGCCUAUGAUGCCGAUGGAAAUGAUGGGCGGAAUGAGCAAUAAAGGUGGCAUGAUGGAAAUGAUGCCAAUGAAGCCUAUGAUGGAAAUGAUGGAAAUGAAAGAUAAAAUGAUGGAAAUGAUGAAAAUGAAAGAAAUGAUGGACAUGAUGAAAAUGAAAGAAAUGAUGGAGAUGAAAGGAAAGAUGGAAAUGAUGCCUAAAAUGAUGGAAAUGAUGCCCAAAAUGGAUAUGAUGCCAAUGAAAAUGGAUAUGAUGCCUAAAAUGAUGGAAAUGAUGCCAAAAAUGGAAAUGAUGCCUAAAAUGAUGGAAAUGAUGCCAAUGAAAAUGAUGGAAAUGAUGCCUAUGAAAAUGAUGGAAAUGAUGAAGCCUGAUAUGCCAAUGCCAAUGAAAAUGAAAAUGAUGGAAAUGAUGAAGCCUGAUAUGCCAAUGCCAAUGAAAAUGAAAAUGAUGGAAAUGAUGAAGCCUGAUAUGCCAAUGCCAAUGAAAAUGAUGGAAAUGAUGCCAAUGAAAAUGAUGGAAAUGAUGCCAAUGAAAAUGAUGGAAAUGAUGAAGCCUGAUAUGCCUAUGCCCAUGCCAAUGAAAAUGAUGGAAAUGAUGAAGCCUGAUAUGCCAAUGCCAAUGAAAAUGAUGGAAAUGAUGAAGCCUGAUAUGCCAAUGCCAAUGAAAAUGAAAAUGAUGGAAAUGAUGAAGCCUGAUAUGCCAAUGCCAAUGAAAAUGAAAAUGAUGGAAAUGAUGAAGCCUGAUAUGCCAAUGCCAAUGCCAAUGAAGAAAGGAGGAUAUUAAAACACGAUUCUUCAAACUGAUGAAUAUUUACAUAUUAUAUUAAAUUAAAACAGUUGUAGAUAAGUUGCGAAAUAAAUGUAU